AUUAGCAAGGGAGGACAAUAGCAGAAGCGACGAGAACUCGCGAACGGAAAGUGGCGAUAUUUUGAAAAUACCGGUGGGAUCUACUUUCCAGUUGUCGCACUUUUCGGAGCCAAGAAUCAGGCGGGAAAUCCAAACUAAUUGGCGGGAAAGUGGAAACGGGGUUCCAAAUAUGUUCUCAAGCAGCCAGAUCGACGCCUCCGUCUUCUCCGGUGGCGGAUUCAUGCCCUCUCAGCCUUCUCAGUUGGCUAACUCAACUCCGUCUCCUGCAAGAAGCCGUGAUACACAGGGGUUGAUAUCAGUAACGGUGAAGCAGAUAAGUGAAGCUUCUCAAUCUGGUGAUGAGAAAUCCAAUUUCGUAAUUGACGGUGUUGAUGUUACCAAUGUUAAGGUGGUUGGCACGGUAUUUAACAAAAAUGUAAGGUCCUCUGAUAUUCGUUUCCACCUUGAUGAUGGAACUGGCCGAGUUGAAUGUAUAAGAUGGGUUACUGAAAAUCUUGAUACAAGAGAAAUGGAUGCAUUGGAAGAUGGAACUUAUGUUCGUGUCAAUGGGCACUUGCAAAGUUUUCAAGGCAAGAAGCAAUUAAGUGCCUUCUCAGUGAGGCCGGUGACAAAUUUUGAUGAAGUUACUUGCCACUUUAUUGAGUGCAUACAUCAGCAUCUGCAGCAUUCCAAAGUACAGUCACAGGGUGGUGGUUUGUCCCAGCCACAGAUGGCAGAUUCAUCAUUGAACACACCUGUCCGGGGUGCAUCAAAUGGAUACCAGCCAGCUUUGAUGAAUGAUCUCUCAAUUCAAUAUAGCGCUGAUGGACUCAAAGGUUUUGAUAAGUUGGUCCUGAACUAUCUGCAGCAACCUUCAAACAUUGGUCGAGAAAUGGGGGUACAUGUAGAUGAACUUUCGCAACAGUUGAAAGCUCCCAUGGAGAAGAUCAAGGAUGCCAUUGAGUUUCUUGAAAAGGAAGGUCUGGUGUACUCCUCCAUUGAUGAUUAUCACUACAAGGCUGUAGAAGGUUGCUAAGUUUCUGAGCAUAUAGCUCAGCUUGGUAUUGGGUGCUUGGCUCUGUAAUGACUGAUUAUGUAUGUUAUUUAUUUCCCUCGUUCUUCUUGAUAGAGCAUGUAUAUAUUGGUUUGGAUGCUGCAAUCUAGGGAUACUGUUGAAAUGUGAUAUAUAGCAUGUCGAAAUAUUGUUUACCUUUUCGAUGCUAUAUUUGUAAUUGAGGUGUUACUAAUUUCAGUAUGUUCUCAGAGAUAGUGUUAUGCUAAGCAACCGUCUGUUGUGAUAGAUUUUAUCAAUGAUCUAAUGGUGUUAGCAUUUAGCAGUAAGGAAUUCUUGUGUAAAAGGGAGCGACGAUAUGGAUAAAAAUGCUGACUGUUUCUAUGGCGAUAAUGUCAGAUUGCCAUUAGCUUAACAGGCAUUCGUUACUGUUACUUUUAUAGAUGCCUUUUUUCUAUCUACUCAUUACCUUCAAAGUUGCUUGUUAUAUCUUUCACUAUGGAUUUGUUUGGAGUUUCAUAAAAAAUGGAUAUUGUAAAAAAUUAUUUCAUACAAAAAAAAAGAGGAAAAUGGUAUAACUAUG